AAAAUUCCUCAUAUUUUUUGAAAAUCCCGACAAGGCGAAACAGAAACAGGACAGUAUGCACCAUUUGGGCGUCGACUUGCCGGUGUCCUCAGCCAUUGGCACGGUCAUCGCGGCGACGUUCAUUGCCCUUACCUUAUUUCGCCGCUCGCGACGCGCAAGUCAGCAACCCAAAUCCGCGGAUUCCGUCGAAUCCAAGAGACUGAACGAUCAUGGGGACCCGAUAGCGGAAGAGCAUCUCAAAGGACAUAAUUUCGACGAUCAGAAUGAAGCUCAAGUGGCCGUGGCGGCGGAACCGGAUAUUAUUCCGGCGAUAGGCACGGCGGGGAACCACGAAAUUCUCAUGGAGCCUGUUGACGCCGAUGUCGAGUGCUUGGAGACGGAUGUAUCAACCACGCUGGAACUGUCUGCAGACGAAUCUCAGUCGAAUGAAAGCCCCGCAAAGAAUGUGGAUAUGAAUCCGGAAGCACUUACCUCAUCUGAAAAUAUCCUCGAUGAUACGGAAUCGCCAAGCCUUGACUCAAAAGCAGUAGUUGAUUCUACAGCUGCCAACGAUGGGUCAACGAAAUCUCAUGAUCCCAAAUCAUUUUCAGAACGCCUCGAAAUUGACCGGGCGGCUCUCCAGGCCACUAUUGACAUUCAAAGCCUGGCCAAAGUCGCAAAUCUGGACAAUCUGACCAAGUUAGAACGCGAACGUGAGGAGCUUCGCGUAAAUAUGGCGACAAUUAAGGAGGAUAUAGAUACAGAGCGUUCCUCGCUACUACCAAAGUUUGAAGAACUUGAACAAGAACGUGAAAGACUUCGAGCACGAUUGGGGGAGGGAAAUUCCAUCGUUCCCACUCCCGUCGUCGAUUCGGAGAAAUUGAGGGAACUGGAACGCCAGAGAAUGGAGCUACAAACGAGUGCAGCCCAUAACCCUCCAGCUAUUCCAGUUUUCGACACGGCAAAUCUGUCGAAACUUGAGGAGCUGGAACGAAAGCGAGGUGAGCUUCUGUCGAAAGCAGCCACUGAGGAACCGGUUGCCUCUGAGGUAGGGCUCGCAAACCUGUCAAAAAUCGAAGAACUGGAGCGGCGUCGUGCGGAAAUGAGAGUGUCAAGCGGUGGCCCUGUUCCGGUCUCCCCGAUAUUAGAGAGAGCGAACUUAUCAAAGUUUGAAGAGCUGGAACGCAAGAGAACUGAAAUGAGAAGCGGUCUUGUAAAUACUCAGUUUGCCGCUACGCCAGGGGCAAAUUUGGAGAAGCUCGAGAAAUUAGAAAGAAGGCGGUCACAAUUCGGUACCCAAGUUUCUGAAAACAGGCCGGUCUCUAGCAUCAUCCUCGACGUGUCCAAAAUUGCAGAAUUAGAAAAGCGCCGUGCUGAGAACGUCGUAGAGUCACCGUCGCCAAUCGAAACCGAGGUGUUUCAGAAACUCCCACUGAACCGGAAAGCAAGUCUUACUGAUCUCGAGCAAAGCCGUAUUGAAGCGCGUCAACGAGCCGAAGCUGAUCGUCUAGCAGCGCUACAGAAAGCGGAACAAGAGGCAUUCGAAAAGGCUCAACGUAGCAGCAUUGCCGAUGAAGAGCGCCAGAAGGCGAUCAAGUUGGCAGAAGAAGAGAGAGCACGAGAGCUUGCACAGGCGGAACAGGAGGCAUUCGAAAAGGCAAAGGCUGCAGCUGAGCGUGUUCAAGCGCUCGAACAGGCGAGAAAGCAAGCUGAAGAGGAGAAGAUAAAGGAGGAAGAACGUCUUCGAGAAGAAGCUUCGAAGAAGAGAGCGGAAGCAAUGCGCAAGUUCGAAGAGGAACAGAAGCUCAAGAAUAUGUCAGCCGAAGAACGAGAGAUUUACCUAUCCACCAAGUUUUAGAUGGUUUAAGCCUAACCUCCGACCUCCGACCUCAUCAGCACAGGAAUUGAUUAUCUGACUCAGUCCCCAUAUUUCUAGUUGUGUUUCUGGUUUUUUUUUUUUGAUCACUCUGGCAAACUAAUGCGAUUGUAUUUGUAGUAACGUGGUAUUUAGUCAUAGCGGUUAGUGUCAGCCUGUGUAAUGGUCAAGUAGACAUGAUUUUAUUGAAUUUGUAUACUAUGUGCUAUACUCGUACGAUACUAUUCGGUGUUACUGAGCAGCA